AUGCAAGGUGCAAGCGGUGCCAACAGAGAAAGGUACUUUCGCUCUCCGUGUUUGUUCCCCCUUUUCCCUGACCCGACUCCGCCCUCCCCCGGCCUACUUUCCCCCGACUCUCGGCUUUUCCCCGGGUACUUGGGAUCCGUACACGGCACCGCUCCGGAUCCGUGUCCGAUCCGCUGCUCCCGCACCUUUCCAUGCACAAACUGUUCCACAGCAUCCGCCAAAUGCGAGUUCCGCGAGAGCGACUUCAAGCGGCCGCCCGUGUCCCGUGAGUAUGUCGCGGCUCUCGAGUCACGCAUCGCCUCGCUCGAGAGCUUGCUGGGCAACCUCAAGGCCGCCGACGGCGAUGAGCGCAACCAAAUCCUCGACGACCUCGAGGUCCAAGACUAUGUGCCCUCCUUUUCCGGCCUGCCCUUGGCGGAUGAAAUUGCGCAUGACCAAGGCUUCGUUUCAGGAAAUGACUGA